AUGGAGCGAGUGGACGAACUGGAGCUGCUAAUGGAGAAAAGUUUCUGGAAGGAGGCUGAGCCGCCGGCGGAGCUAUUUCAGAAGAAGAAGGUGGAAGCUUCCUUUUCUAAGAUAGUUCUGAGCCGAGGAAUGGAUAACCGGUACCUGGUAUUAGCAGUCAAUAUUGUACAGAGUGAAGAAGGAAACGAUGAAAAGCACCUAAUCAUCACUGCUUCCCAGUCGCUAGAAUAUAAAGAACUGUGUAUCCUUAGGAAUGACUGGUGCUCUGUACCAGUAGAUCCAGGGGACAUCAUUCAUUUGGAGGGAGACUGCAUAUCCGAUACUUGGAUAAUAGAUGAAGAUUUUGGAUAUUUGAUUCUAUAUCCUGACAUGCUGAUUUCUGGCACAAGCAUAGCCAGUAGUAUUCGAUGCAUGAGAAGAGCUGUCCUGAGUGAAACAUUCAGGAGCUCUGAUCCAGCCACACGCCAAAUGCUGAUUGGUACGCUUCUUCAUGAAGUAUUUCAAAAAGCAAUAAGUGAUAGUUUUGCCCCAGAAAAGCUACAAGAACUUGCUUCUCAAACUAUUCAAGAAAUAAGGCAUCUGAAGGAAAUGUACCGCCUAAAAUUGAAUCAAGAUGAAAUAAAACAAGAGGUAGAGGAGUAUCUUCCUUCAUUUUCUAAAUGGGCUGGAGAUUUCAUGCAUAAACAUACUUCAACUGACUUCCCUCAGAUGCAGCUCUCUCUGCCGAGUGAUGGUAGUAAUAGUAAUUCAACAUGUAAUAUUGAAGUGAUAAACUCGCUGGAUAUUGAAGAAAGCAUUUGGUCCCCUAGGUUUGGAUUGAAGGGCAAAAUAGAUGUUACAGUUGGUGUGAAAAUACAUCGGGGAUGUAAAACGAAAUAUAAGAUAAUGCCAUUGGAACUUAAAACUGGCAAAGAAUCAAAUUCUAUUGAACACCGUAGUCAGCUUGUUCUGUAUACACUGCUAAGCCAAGAGAGGAGGGCUGACCCAGAGGCCGGCCUGCUCCUCUACCUAAAGACUGGCCAGAUGUACCCUGUGCCUGCCAAACAUCUUGAUAAAAGAGAAUUAUUAAGGCUAAGAAAUCAGAUGGCAUUCUCUUUGUUUCACCGUAUUAACAAAUCUACUGGAGAGGAAAAGACAAAGCUUGCUCCUUUGCCAGAAAUAAUUGAGGAACAGCAAACCUGUAAAUACUGUUCACAGAUGGGCAACUGUGCUCUCUAUAGCAGGGCGGUUGAACAACAGAUGGAAGACAGUUCAGUCCCCACCAGCAUGUGGCCCAAAAUAAAAGAAGAAACCCAGCAUCUCAAGCUUACACACUUAGAGUAUUUUAGCCUUUGGUGUCUAAUGUUAACCCUGGAGUCUCAAUCAAAGGAUAAUAAAAGAAACUACCAACAUGUAUGGUUAAUGCCUGCUUCAGAAAUGGAGGAGAGUGGCAGCUGCAUUGGGAGCCUGAUUAGAACAGAACAUGUAAAGACAGUUUGUGAUGGACAGUAUUUACAUAAUUUCCAGCGUAAAAGUGGAGCCAUACCUAUCACAAAUCUAAUGGCAGGUGACAGAAUUAUUUUAAGUGGAGAAGAGAGAACAUUGUUUGCCUUGUCUAGGGGAUACGUGAAUGAGAUUAACUCAACAACAGUAACCUGUUCGUUAGACAGGAACUUGUCCGGACUCCCAGAAUCAACUUUGUUCAGAUUGGACCAGGAAGAAAAAAAUUGUGAUAUAGAUACCCCAUUAGGAAAUCUUUCUAAACUGAUGGAAAAUACUCGUGCCAGCCAAAAACUUCGAGAUUUAAUCAUUGACUUUCAUGAACCACAGUUUAUAUCCUACCUCAGUUCUGUUCUUCCACAUGAUGCAAAGGACACAGUUGCCUGCAUUCUGAAAGGUUUGAAUAAACCUCAGAGGCAAGCCAUGAAAAAGGUACUUCUUUCAAAAGACUACACCCUCAUCGUGGGUAUGCCGGGAACAGGAAAAACAACUACAAUAUGUACUCUUGUAAGAAUUCUCUAUGCCUGUGGUUUUAGUGUUUUGUUGACCAGCUAUACACACUCUGCUGUUGACAAUAUUCUUUUGAAGUUAGCAAAGUUUAAAAUUGGAUUUUUGCGCUUGGGCCAGAUUCAGAAGGUACAUCCAGAUAUCCAAAAAUUUACAGAGGAGGAAAUUUGCAGAUCAAAGUCCAUUAAAUCUUUAGCUCUUUUAGAAGAACUCUACAAUAGUCAACUUAUAGUUGCAACAACAUGUAUGGGAAUAAACCAUCCCAUAUUUUCUCGUAAAACUUUUGAUUUUUGUAUAGUGGAUGAAGCCUCUCAAAUUAGCCAGCCUGUUUGCCUAGGGCCACUUUUUUUUUCACGGAGAUUUGUGUUGGUGGGGGACCAUCAGCAGCUUCCUCCCCUGGUGCUAAACCGUGAAGCAAGAACUCUUGGCAUGAGUGAAAGCUUAUUCAAGAGGCUGGAGCAGAAUAAGAAUGCAGUUGUACAGUUAACUGUGCAAUACAGAAUGAACAGUAAAAUUAUGUCCUUAAGUAAUAAACUGACAUACGAAGGAAAGCUGGAGUGUGGAUCAGAUAAAGUGGCCAACGCAGUGAUAAACCUACCUAACUUUAAAGAUGUAAAGCUGGAACUGGAGUUUUAUGCUGAUUAUUCAGAAAAUCCUUGGCUGGUUGGAGCAUUCGAGCCAAACAAUCCUGUCUGUUUUCUUAAUACACACAAGGUUCCAGCACCAGAACAAGUUGAAAAGGGAGGUGUCAGUAAUAUAAUGGAAGCCAAACUCGUUGUUUUCCUGACCUCAGUUUUUAUUAAGGCUGGUUGUAAACCCUCUGAUAUUGGUAUCAUUGCACCAUACAGGCAGCAGUUAAAGGUCAUCAAUGACUUAUUGGCACAUUCUUCUGUUGGGAUGGUUGAAGUUAAUACAGUUGACAGGUACCAAGGAAGAGACAAAAGUAUCAUUGUAGUAUCUUUUGUUAGAAGCAAUGAAGAUGGAACUCUUGGUGAACUGUUGAAAGAUUGGCGACGUCUUAAUGUUGCUAUAACCAGAGCCAAACAUAAGCUGAUUCUCCUGGGAUGCGUGCCCUCACUAAGCCGCUAUCCUCCCUUGGGGAAGCUACUUAAUCAUCUAAACUCAGAAAAAUUGAUCAUUGAUCUUCCAUCAGGAGAACAUGAAAGCCUUUGUCAUCUAUUGAGUGAUUUUCUAAGAAAAUAA